AACAUGGCGGACCACGAGGGCCUUACAAACGAAAUUGUUCAGAAAGAAAACCUCCGCAGAACUUUAGAUCAAAAGGCGCUUGAGAACCCUACAUAUCAGGGUAUUAUGGCGUUUAAUACGGUUGAAAAAUUUGUAAGCACUCCUGAUGAUAGAUACGUGCCACCAAAGUUUCCCUUUGAACUUCCCAAAUUUGACCGAUCGACCCCAUUUGGGAAUGAAAUGCGAAAACAUUUCUUGUUGGAUCUGGACAAGUGGACGUUCUUGAAUCACGGUGCUUUUGGAUGUGCCCUGGAAAAAGGUCUGGAAACAGCUUAUAAAUGGCAGUGUUACGUGGAACAGCAGCCUGUGCGAUUCGUAGACAGAGAAAUGUUGCCACUUUUAGCUCAUGUUAACCGUCGAUUGGCUAAGUUUGUUGGUGCAGAACCAAGUGAUCUUGUUCUUUUACCGAAUGCGACUGCUGCCAUCAACGCCGUGAUUAGAUCCAUCGACUGGCGUCCAGGAGAUACCGUGUAUUACUUGAACACGUGUUACUAUACUGUUAAAAAAUUAUUUAGGCACCUUAGAAGCACCUAUGGUGUUACUUUAAAGGAAACUACAAUCACAUAUCCUGCCACCAAAGAGGAAAUCCUUGAAACAAUAAAGGAUACCCUGGAAGCAGGUACAAGACUGGCUUUAUUUGGUCAUAUACCCAGUAACUAUCCUGUUAUUAUGCCAGUGGAAGAAAUGGUGAAACUGUGCCAUAGCAGAGGUAUUCCAGUUUUAAUAGAUGGUGCCCAUGCACUUGGAACCCUGCCAUUAGAUUUGAGCAUUCUUAAGGCUGACUAUUAUGUGGCAAAUGCACACAAGUGGCUUGCAUGCCCCAAGGGUUGUGCAUUCUUGCAUGUUUCUAAAGAACACCAGCCAAUGAUCAAACCCCUUGUGAUUUCAAGUGGUUUUGGAGCAGGAUUUAACUCCCAAUUCAUAUGGACAGGUUUGAGAGAUUAUAGUCCCUACUUGGCUCUAAACACUGUUUUAGACUUUUGGGUGGCCAUGGGUCCUGCGAGAAUUCACAAAUACAACAACACGUUAGCUAACAAAGCUGCCACCAUGUUGGCACAGAAAUGGAAUACAGGGUUGCUCUCUCAUGCCCACAUGUUUGGUCCAAUGGUGAUGAUCCGUCUCCCUGAGGUGCUGCUGGACUGUGUCACACAGGGUGGGAAGGAGGAAGCUGUGAAAGCUCAUGCAGAAAUGGUGCAAGCCAAGCUCCAUUAUGAAUUCAAUAUUGAGGUUCCUGUUAAGUUGAUCCAGGGGAAACUACACACUAGGAUUUCUGUUCAUGUUUAUAAUGAGCUGAGUGAUUAUGAAAAGUUAUGUGAAGCAAUUCUUAUCAUAACAGAUGAUGUGCUGAACAAUCCAGCAGCAUAUGAUUCCUAUAAACAAUAUAGGUAGCCAACAGUUGUAUGUCUGCUGGGGCACCUCAGCGUGUAAAGUGUGUACAGUUGUAUGUCUGCUGGGGCACCUCGCAAUAAAGAA